AGCGCGCGCGUACGCCGGCCUGCGGCGGCGUCUCGUUCAAACGGCCCAAUCAGCGGGCGCGGCGGCGCUCCCACUCCCCAUGCUCAGCUUCUCCGUUCUUUGGGGACCCUUCCCCGGGCCCCGCAUGUUCCACUGACCGAACGACCCCGCGCCCCCUCCUCAACUUCUCCCGCCGCAGCCCAAGGACUACGGGAAAAGGAUAAGCGCGUCGGACGCCGCGGGACGUGCGCGCUGACGUCACGAGCCGGGCCGCGGCGCUUCAGGGUCGCGGGGGGCGGGGCCUGCAGAGCGCUAUAAAAGGGGCCCGGUGCGCGCGCGUCUGGCUCAGUGCGGCCGGGCACCGGGGCAAGGAGGGCUUCGGUACCUGCGGGCCGGCGGUGGACAGCGAAGUGGGGCCACUCGGGCCACGCCAGGGCCGCAGCGGCCGCAGCCGGCGGUCCAAGGAGCGCAGGAACGGGGCCGGGGGACCCGCCCCCGGCCGACCGCCGUCAUGAACUCCAACGUGGAGAACUUGCCGCCGCACAUUAUCCGCCUGGUAUACAAGGAGGUGGCCACGCUGACCGCCGACCCUCCCGAUGGCAUCAAAGUCUUCCCCAACGAGGAGGACCUCACCGAUCUACAAGUCACCAUCGAGGGGCCUGAGGGCACCCCCUAUGCCGGAGGCCUGUUCCGCAUGAAGCUUCUGCUGGGGAAGGACUUUCCCGCCUCUCCGCCCAAGGGCUUCUUCCUGACCAAGAUCUUCCAUCCCAAUGUGGGUGCCAAUGGGGAGAUCUGCGUCAACGUGCUCAAGCGGGACUGGACGGCCAAGCUGGGCAUCCGGCACGUGCUGCUGACCAUCAAGUGCCUGCUGAUCCACCCAAACCCUGAGUCGGCCCUCAAUGAGGAGGCGGGCCGGUUGCUGCUGGAGAACUACGAGGAGUACGCAGCGCGGGCCCGCCUGCUCACAGAGAUCCAUGGCGGUGGCCCAAGUACAGCCGCGGCGCCCUCGGGGGACCCAGCCACCGCUGCAGGCCUGGGGGGUGCUGAGGGGCCCAUGGCGAAGAAGCACGCAGGUGAGCGGGACAAGAAGCUGGUGGCCAAGAAAAAGAUGGACAAAGACAAGAAGCGGGCGCUGCGGCGGCUGUAGGGAUCCCCUUUCCUGACCCGACCGCCCCCAACUCUCUCUCUUAAGUUAUUUAAGUUAUGACGGGGAUGGGGAGGGCUGGGCACUGGGACCUGGAUUUGUUUUUCUAAAUAAAGUUGGAAAAGCAGCUGCUGGGCCUUGCUGAUCCCAGAACGGUGCCCCACAUCCACACCUUGGCCUCCAGGGUCAGUCCCUGUGUGAUCUCACUACACUGGGCUGGUGCUCUUCCGUUGUACUUAUCCCUGAAUGAGGCCGCUCCCAUAGCCCAGGGCUGGCUCCCCUCUCCCUCAGCCUUCCUUUAGGCCUGGCCAGUACUGGGGCACCAUAGACCCUCACUGGCGUCUUCCACCUCCACCUACAUGCGCUAAUAAGCAGGUGUGGCCCUUGUCCCUCUUGGACUGGGGUAGUCAGGUAGGCCAAUUUUGUCUUGCCAGUUAAAAGGUUUGGGUGAUGCCUUGGACGCAGCUGACACAGGUUUGAUCCCCAGCAUCCCAUAUGGUCCCCAGAGCACCACCUGGAGGAAUUCCUGAUUGCAGAGCUAGUAGUAACCCCUGUGCAUUGCUGGGUGUGACCCAAAAAGCAAAAAGAAAACAUGGUUUGGUGGGCUGGAUUGAUAGAUCAUACAGCAAGGUAGGGUGUUUGCCUUGCAUGCGGCCAACCCAGGUUCAAUUCCCAUUAUCCUAUAUGGUUCCCCAAGCAUCGCCAGGAGUAAUCUCUGCAUCGCCAGGUGCCCAGAAAGCAAAAAGAAAAGUUUUGGGUGAGGGGUGCCUGGGCAUGACCAAAGGGUAAGUGGCUGGACCAUGUAUGGGCAGCCAGAGACCCAGUAGCACUGAGCAUGCAUGCCCCACGGCACACCUAAGGUAAUUCCUGUUUCUCAGUCCCUGCCCUGUCUGCCCCUCCUGAGGGGUGCUGGGUAUUCUGUGGUCGUAGGCUGGGCUUCACAUGACUGUAUGUACAACUAAGCCUGGUAUCCAAGCCCUAAAUUAAAGUCUCCAGCUUUCCUAUUUUU